ACAGCUCUUUGAGAUAUCAGCUGAUGUACGAAGGGCUAUAUAAAUAAAUUUGAUUUGAUGGAUUAUAUAUAAAAGAUUCUAUUAAAAAUACAAUUAAAAUAGAUCCUUAUUAAUUGAUCGUUUUCUGUAUGCACUUGUUAUGUGCACAGUUGUGAUAAAAGGAACAAUUGUUUAUCUGACCAUGAAAAUUAGGAGAUUGUAUGAUUAUCAUUGAGAUUAUUACUGUACAAAUAACAUUUUUUUAAUGUGUGCAACUUGUUCUUGCAAAUGACUGAGUAUAAAACAAUAAUGCUGCUACUUCUCACAAGGCAACCACAGAGAUGUUCUACCCAGGAGGAAGUGAUAACAGUCUCUACAUGCAUUUAGGGAGGGUGUUUGGUUAGCAUUAACUGUUGUAGUGUAUGAUGGAAUUGUAAUGUUCCUCUGAGUUCAUAUUAUCUAACAACAUGUGGGAUAAAACAUCUGAAGGAGUGAUAAUAACCUCUGGUGGACUUCCUCCAUGUUCCCCUCAGCUCCUUGACUUGUGUUGUCAGUCUGAACAGGCUCAGCAGUUGGAGAGGCAGAGGGUUGUUGAGGGGUUGGAUCUUGGGUUGCUGUGAGGUAAAACAACAAUAUCAUCAAUGAAGUUAAUACUGCAGUGGUUCCUAUCUGCCACUGAGGGGGGAAUGUACACACAAACAGAAGCAGGAAGAGAGUUACAUACAGUGAAGUCUAUUAACAUUAGGAAGUAGAGUCAUUCUGGCUGGUGCCUUGGUCCUUGACACACAUUUGUGCUCAGGUACCAUUUAACAUAAGAGGCAGAUUCUAACUCUCACAUGGCUCUUCAUCUCUCCCUCCUCCUCCUACUCCUCAUCUUCGACAGACUCUCAGCAGUGAGGCAUGUGUCUGUGCAGACUGGAGGCUCCAUCACCUUCCCAUGUCACUAUGAUCUGAAUCACAUCAACCAUGUGAAAUACUGGUGUAAAGGAUUAGGUUGGGAUGUAUGUUUGUAUGUAGUACGUACUGACCAUCCUAAGAGCAGUGGUAAGACCUCAAUAUCUGAUGACAUCAACAAGAGAAUCUUCACUGUGACCAUGACUGACCUGACGUCAUGGGACUCUAAUACUUACAGAUGUGUUGUGGAGAUCAAUAGAGGACCAGAUAUCAUGAUACAAUGGUUCUACCUAUCUGUCACUCCAGGUACUCCAGAACUCUAUGUGGAACAACAGGAAGUGACUGGAGUAGAAGGAAGGAGUAUCACUGUCUGUUGUUACUAUAGUAAUUCUGGAGACAUGAAGUGGUGCAGGAUGGGUGGUAAUUGUGUGAGUGGGUUUUCUGGGACUUUAAAUGGAACAUCAGUGACAUUAACGCGGACUAGUGAUGCCAACAACAGAAAAGUCUUAACAGUGACUAUGAGUGGACUGAAGAUGGAGAACACUGACUGGUAUUGGUGUAGAGUUGGAGAACUAGAAAUGCCUGUUCACAUCACUGUCAGUCAACAAACUGCAACACAGAGAACCUCUAAGAUGACCUCAACAACCCAAGAUCCAACCCCUCAACAACCCUCUGCCUCUCCAACUGCUGAGCCUGUUCAGACUGACAACACAAGUCAAGGAGCUGAGGGGAACAUGGAGGAAGUCCACCAGAGGUCCGUGAAAGUCCUACUCAUCUCUCUGGGCAUGUUGGUGGUGGUGACAGCUGGUAUCCUAGUAACAUGGAAGAUGUGGAGAAGGCAUAAGGACAAUAAGGCCAAGGACCAGAUUACUAACAACUCAGUGUCUGCUGACCCUGAGCAGGACAUUACAUACAGCACAGUGACCCACACCAGAGAAACAGCACCGCAGCAACAGGAUCCAUUUCCUGAAGCUGAUGAUGAUGUCACAUACAGCACUGUCAGCCUCCAGCACAAGACCCAACUAAAAGGACAGACCAAGUCAGCAGAACCAGAUGAUAAUGUGGUCUACAGCUCACUAGCUCUACAGGUGACCACACAGCAGAGGGCAGCAGCAGCACAGUAGUGACUGACAGAGAAGACCUUCCUUUUACUGGAAGGACAGAACACUCCCCUCUCCUGUGUCACAACAUCUAUCUGCCUCCAAUAUGAUUCUGUCAUACCUCUUAACCCACCCCAGAAAGACACCUCUAUUCUUUAGUGUAAUAAACUACUGAAGGCAGUCUGCUGUGUUUGUUCUGAUUAUCAUCACAUUUCUGUUAUUAGUUAUGUUCCACCACCUUCCCCUUGUCUCUUAUUUCUUACAUCAUGAUCUUAUUGAUCUAGUUUAAUGUCCUAUGCCUGUAACUAAUCAUGAUCAAACGUGUAUUAAGAUCUUAGUAUAGACAGCUACUAUGUAUAAUAACUACUGUACUGCAAUAAUAAAAUGUACUA